AUGUCGUCCAAGGGAGAGAAGAAGGCCGCUUACUUCACCAAGCUCGAGAACCUGCUGACUUCGUACAAGUCGAUCUUCGUUGUCAACGUCGACAACGUCGGUUCGCAGCAGAUGCACAUGAUCCGUCGCUCCCUGCGCGGUGUGGCUGAGGUCCUCAUGGGCAAGAACACCAUGGUCCGCCGUGCCCUGAAGAUCCUGGGUCACGACAACGAGGCUCUGGAGUUCCUUGCCCCGUUCGUCAAGGGCAACAUUGGUUUCGUCUUCACCAACGGCGACCUCAAGGAGGUCCGCGAGCUCAUCAUCGCUAACCGUGUCGCUGCCCCCGCUCGUGCCGGUGCUCUUGCCCCGGUCGAUGUGUUCGUCCCUGCCGGUAACACUGGUAUGGAGCCCGGACAGACCUCGUUCUUCCAGGCCCUCGGUAUCCCCACCAAGAUUGCCCGUGGUACCAUUGAGAUCACCCAGGACGUGCAUCUUGUCCACGUCGGUGACAAGGUCGGUGCUUCCGAGGCUACCCUGCUCAACAAGCUGAACAUCUCGCCCUUCACCUACGGUAUGACUGUCACCCAGAUCUACGACAACGGCACCACUUUCUCGCCGGCUGUUCUGGACAUCACCGAGGAGGACCUGAUCAAGCGCGUUGUCGAGAACAUCACCGCCAUCGCCGCCAUCUCGCUCGCCACCAACUACCUGGCUCUGCCCGCUGUCCCCCACAUCCUCAUCAACCAGUUCAAGGACAUCCUGGCUGUUUCGGUCGCCACCGACUACACCAUCGAGGCUGCCGAGUCGAUCAAGGAGCUGCUCGCUAACCCCGAGGCCCUUGCCGCUGCCGCCGCUGCUGCUGCCGCCACCGCUGCCCCUGCUGCUGGUGCCGCUGCCGCUGAGGAGGCCGCCGCUGAGGAGGAGGAGGAGUCCGACGACGACAUGGGCUUCGGUCUGUUCGACUAA